AUGGAGGAACAUCUGCUCAGAAAUUCCUCGGAUAAUUCCUUUCCCUGGGUUGUCCAAAAGUAUGGGGGGACAAGCGUAGGCAAAUCCCUAGACAGCAUAUGCAGGAUCGUCGAGUCAUAUCUCUCUGGCUCGCGAGUGGCUCUGGUCUGUUCCGCCAGAUCCUCACAUACCAAAGCGUUGGGAACGACCAAUCUGUUGCUUCAAGCCUCACGGGAAGCUCUGCAACCGCCUUCUGCUCGACCUACAUCUGGUUCAGGUUCUCAGACCCCAUUCUUCCCUAAGCGAGUGGGAUCUGGGUUCUUCUCAGAAGCCAGGACGUUCCGAGAACCCAGAGAGUCCAGAGAAAGAGAAUCCUCGACAUCUACCAAGGAACUUUCCUCAUCUAUGAUCUCAUCCAUCUCAUCCUUGUCUCAACUUGAAUUCACUCGCUCUAGCUCUCCAUCUCCCUUCCAACCCUCUCCUAGUGCUCGUAAUCGUUCACCUCCGCUGACUCCCUUGACACCCGGCGUCAAUGGAGGAGUCGACGAGACAUCGGCAUUUCACGAAACCGUCGACGUGUUGAAGAAAGGUCAUUUGGAAGCUGCUAGGCAAUCCUUGAGGCCUGGUCCGCUAAGGGACGAACUGGAAGAUGAGAUUGAGAGGGAUUGCGAGAGUCUUAGAAGCUUUCUCUGUGCAGCCCAGAUCAUCGACGAGAUCUCUCCUCGGAGUCAGGAUUCAAUUGUCGGCACAGGUGAAAGACUCGCGUGCAAAAUCGUCGCAGCGGCAUUGAGAGAUAAGGGCAUCGAUUCGGAAUUGGUUCUAUUGGACAACAUUGUCGAUGCCUCGAUGCAGGCUUUGAGUGAUCCUCAGCUCACUAGUUCUGGCGACCAAGGGGUCGCGCAGCUCGGACAAGACUUUUACGAUCAGUUGGCACAGAGACUCGGUGAGAGGAUAAGAGAGUGCGGCACGAGAGUGCCCGUCAUCACCGGCUACUUCGGUCCCGUCCCCGGCUCUCUCCUCGCCCAGAUUGGUCGAGGCUACACUGAUCUCUGUGCUGCUCUAUGUGCCGUUGGAGUACAGGCUAAAGAGCUCCAGGUUUGGAAGGAAGUAGACGGUAUCUUCACUGCGGAUCCUCGAAAAGUCCCCACUGCUCGCUUGGUCCCCGUCAUUACUCCUGAUGAAGCUGCCGAAUUGACCUACUAUGGUUCCGAGGUCAUUCAUCCAUUCACUAUGGAACAAGUCAUUCGAGCUCAAAUUCCAAUCCGAAUCAAGAAUGUCGAUCAUCCAGCUGGAUCAGGUACCAUCAUUUACCCUGAUGAGGGCUUCCCGCGAGGCAUAGACAGCUCCCCUCCUGCCGCGCUCCGAAUCCUUGAAGAGGAGAAGGACAAGAUUGAGGGUAGAAUGCCGACUGCAGUGACGAUCAAGGACAACAUUAUCGUCUUGAACAUUCAUUCGAAUCGCAAGACUAUCUCUCAUGGAUUCUUGGCUAGAAUCUUUGGCACGCUGGAUCGUGCUGGAGUCGUAGUUGACCUCAUCUCGACGUCCGAAGUGCACGUCUCCAUGGCGAUGCAAGAUUUCCAUGCUCAACGGAGACUCGACAGACUCGUGAAGGAUCUUGAAAGAAUCGGCGAAAUCACGGUCUCGAAAGACAUGGCCAUCCUUUCUCUCGUUGGACGCAAUAUGCGCAAUGCUAUUGGAUCCGCCGGGCUCAUGUUCAGCAGUCUGGCAAAGGCCAUGAUCAACAUAGAGAUGAUCAGUCAAGGAGCUAGCGAGAUCAACAUCAGUUGUGUCAUUGAGAACAAGGACGCUGUCAAAGCUCUUAAUGUCAUUCACGAAUCGUGCUUGACGAUCAAACCGUCCAGAUCGAUCUAA